AUGGAAAUGCCACGCUCACUAGUGGUUUGGUUUCCAUUUUGGAGCAUGCUUUUGAUCUCUCUCAUGACAAAUGAUGUACUGGGGAAUCCGUCAUUCACUGCAAUGUAUGUCUUUGGAGAUUCACUAGUGGAUAAUGGGAACAACAACUAUCUCAACUCCUUAGCAAAAGCCAAUUUUGAACCUUAUGGCAUUGAUUUCUUUGAGGGUCCAACUGGGAGAUUUUCUAACGGCAAAACUCUCGUUGAUUCCCUGGGGGAAAUUUUGGGCCUUCCUUUUCUGCCAUCUUUUGCGGAUACUGUAACGGGAGGCAAAAACAUUUCCUGGGGUGUAAACUAUGCUUCUGCAGCUGCUGGGAUAAUUGAUGAGACAGGGCGAAAUCUGGGAGAACGCAUUAGCUUUACCCAGCAGGUGCAAAAUUUUAAAACAACCUUAAGCCAGCUGAAGAUCCAAAUGGAAGGCACGAAAUUGAAUCAGUACUUGGCAAAUUCAUUGACUAUAGUGAUCCAUGGCAAUAAUGAUUACAUAAACAACUAUCUUGUGCCUGAAAUGUUUACAACAAGCUUCAUCUAUGACCCAAAGAAGUAUGCUGAUGUACUCAUUGAGGAUUACAAAAAGCAGAAUAUGAUUUUGCAUGGUCUGGGACUCAGAAAAUUCUUGCUGGCAGGAAUUGGCCCACUUGGUUGCAUACCAAACCAGUUAGCCAAAGGCUUUGCCCCUCCUGGGGAGUGUCGAACUUAUGUCAACGACAUAGUUGACAUGUUUAAUGUUUUGUUGAAAUCUCUGGUGGAGCAACUGAAUGGAGAGCAUCAUGGUUCAAUUUUUGUGUAUGGCAACACUUACGAUGUUUUCAGUGAGUUGAUAAACGAACCAGCAGAAACCUACGGGUUUACAGUAACUGAUAGUGGCUGCUGUGGUAUGGGAAGAAAUCAAGGACAGAUAACAUGCUUACCAGGGUUUAAUCCUUGCACAAAUAGAAACCAAUAUGUAUUUUGGGACGCCUUUCAUCCCACAGAAGCUGUGAACAAAAUUCUUGCUCAGAGGGCUUUUAAUGGAUCUCCUUCUGACUGCUACCCAGUUAAUGUGAAACAGAUGGCACAAAUGUGGUUAUCAUCUGGAGAGUCUGAAGAAUUAGAGGAAGACGAAGAGGAAGUGGAUGAGAUAGAGAUAGGUCUUGCUAAAAGUGUGUCAACUAAACUAGUCCGUUCAACAGGUGGUAAAUAUGGUAUAGAAAGACGUAAAGGUCUAAGGAAACCUGGGGGUAAUAUCGGGGGUGAUAAUACAGGGACAGGAGGUGGGGUAGGGGGUCACACAAACUGUACAUCUGGAGGAAAUGGAAAAGUAAGUCUCAUGGGUACUCGGAUGGGGAUAGGGUAA